CGGCAUUCCUACCUAUUUAUGGAGACAGUCACCAACCCUCUGUUUCUCUUCUCUAGCGCAGCCUCGAGCUCUGUGGUUCCUCUCAUUCUCAGUUCCUACGCGUUAGGAACGAUAGGAUCCGCGAGAGUUAGGGGCUCUUUUUUAGAAUCUUUUUGACAAGUCUUGAUAUAUUAAAUCAUCAUCCACGGCGAGGAGCAUGAUCAACGGAGCUAUGAAUCUGAGCGAAAAGGUGGAGCCGCUACCGGAGGAAUUCGAUCCCAAGGAGAUCGUCCCUCCCGUGGCACUGGAGUUAAGUGGAGUUUUGAAAGAGUGCACCAAUAAGAGCAGGGAGAUCGUUCUUGGGAGAAAUGUUCACACAAUGUGCUACACGAUCAAUGAGCCGGAAGCGGACGAUGAUAUUACCGGGGAAAGGGAAGCCUACAUGGCCAGCGUCCUGGCAAGAUAUCGUAAAUCUCUUAUUGAAAGGACCAAGCAUCAUUUAGGUUACCCUUACAAUUUAGACUUCGAUUAUGGCGCUUUAUCCCAGCUGCAACACUUUUCCAUUAAUAAUCUAGGAGAUCCCUUUAUAGAGAGCAACUAUGGUGUACACUCAAGGCAAUUUGAAGUUGGGGUUCUAGAUUGGUUUGCUCGUCUUUGGGAACUGGAAAAGAAUGAGUACUGGGGUUAUAUCACAAAUUGCGGUACAGAAGGGAAUUUGCAUGGCAUACUUGUUGGAAGGGAAGUUUUUCCUGAUGGGAUACUGUACGCCUCAAGAGAGUCCCAUUACUCAGUUUUUAAAGCUGCAAGAAUGUACAGAAUGGAGUUCGUGAAGGUUGCCACUCUGGUCUCUGGCGAGAUCGAUUGUGCAGAUUUUGAAAGAAAAUUGCUUCUUAACAAAGAGAAACCUGCCAUUGUUAAUGUCAAUAUUGGAACAACGGUAAAAGGAGCAGUCGACGAUCUUGACAUGGUUAUUGAAACACUAGAAAAAUCUGGAUUUAGAGACCAAUUCUACAUCCACUGUGAUGGUGCCCUAUUUGGUCUCAUGAUGCCUUUUGUUAAACGUGCACCGAAGGUCACUUUCAAGAAGCCUAUAGAUAGUGUCAGUGUUUCCGGCCACAAAUUUGUGGGAUGUCCAAUGCCCUGUGGGGUGCAGAUCACCAGAUUGAAGAAUAUCAACGUCCUAUCAAAUAAUGUGGAGUACCUUGCAUCGAGGGAUGCCACCAUCAUGGGCAGCAGAAAUGGCCAUGCUCCCAUCUUCCUCUGGUACACUUUGAACAGGAAAGGCUACCGUGGCUUUCAAAAGGAAGUUCAGAAGUGCUUGAGAAAUGCUCACUAUCUAAAAGACCAUCUUCUUGAGGCAGGAAUAAGUGCCAUGCUGAACGAGCUCAGUAGUACUGUGGUGUUGGAGAGACCUAAAGACGAGGAAUUCGUUCGAAGGUGGCAGCUUGCCUGUGAAGGCAACAUCGCCCAUGUGGUCGUGAUGCCGAAUGUAACCAUUGAGAAGAUUGAUUAUUUCUUGGCUGAGCUCGUCAAGUCUCGCUUGAGCUGGUAUGGAGAUGGUGAGAGCAAACCUCCAUGCAUUGCGGGAGAUGUUGGAGAGGAAAACUGCCGCUGCUCUAUGCACAAUACCUGAUGCUUUAGAAUUGCCGGUAGUAUCAUAAACUUUUGUAGUUAAUGCUCUGCAGUUUUAAACACUUUCAUGGUGUUCUUAUUGCUAGCGUUAUUAUAGGAGGAUCUUCAGAAUGUUUUAUUGGUGCUAAGCGUUGAAUGGACGCCGGUUUAUUCCUUGGAAGCUUACCAGGUAGAGUACAAUAAUUAAUUGAUUGAAUUGCGACGUGCCUUUUCAUUUGUUCCAGUUUGCUUUUGGAAAGAAGUAUGGUCGGGAGUUCGGCUUAUUUCUUUGUUUGGCAUCCAUGUCAACUUUAUUUAUGCUAAGUCUGCUCUAGCACUAUUUAUUUAUUUAUUUAUUAUUAUUAUUUUGUUUGAGUAAAUCAUUAUAAGUCGUUUAGCAACGUUCCGUUUUGAGCUAAA